AUGCUGAUUGUUCAACGUGGAUCGGACUUUGUCUUGUGUGUCCAUUCACCUAAAGACAAGGAUGAAAACACACUCAAGUCACUCAUUGAUACCUUAGGUGACAAUGGAUUUGAAAUUGAGUCGCGCCCCGGUCCUGAUCCGGAGGCAGAUGCCCUCCUUUUCAUUAAACUAGACCCUAAACGUGUCGAUGAGCUUAUCGAGAAGGACUUGGUGAAGAAUUACGAGUUUGGUGUCACUUGCAAGAAUGACACGAAGCCGGAAAGAUCACGGAUUAUUUAUUCUUACUUGACACACCCAAAAGAAUGUGGAGGUGUGGGAAUUGUGCCCGGUAAAGGGAAAUGGUCUGCUAUCCACUCCAUCACUCCAAUAGCAGGCUACUUGAGCGACAAGUCUUUGCUUAACACUGCAAAGAAAAACUUGCAAUCUACUGAGCUUGAUACCACUCAUUUUAGAAGGGUGUAUGGAACUGAAGUGGCGUUGUACUUUGAGUUUUUGAAGCACUACAUAUAUGGCUUGGCUGUCUUAUCUGUGUUUGGUAUCAUUGCCUUCUUUAGAUCCAAAAAUUACUCCUUGACAUUUUCCUUUAUUAACAUGUUAUGGGGUACUGUUUUUUAUGAUAUACUGGAAAAGAAGAGAGAGAUACGUUGUGAAUUUUUGGGGCGUUCAGAAUUCGCAUAA